GCUGCAGUUUUCAUCUCCCCACCUUCCGUCCACCUCCGACUCCUCGGCCCGCCACAAUGUCUUUGUGGUCGCCGCCGCCGCCGCCGCCGACCUCCACGCCGCCGUACAAAUCAGCUCCGCCACCUCUCCUCCGUCGAUUCUCAUUUUCCAGGUCAUGCUCCAUUCCGCUCCUCCGCGACGCGAAGCGAGCGACGGACAGGCAGCUCUCCUUCACUCCUCGCUGCUCCUCCGCCUCACCGAGCGUCGGCACCAACCUGCCGGUGGUGAAGAAGAGGAAGAGGUACCGGAAGCUCUUCCCGGGGGAGACCGAGGGCAUCACCGAGGAGAUGAGGUUCGUCGCCAUGAGGCUCCGCAACGUCGGCGGCAAGUACACGCGCAAGGUCAAAAGGAGCGGCAAUAGCAGCGGCGAUAGCGGGAGCGAUAGCGGCAGCGACGGCGAGGUUGGGGAUGUAGUGAGCGGAGAAGAAGAAGGAGGGGGAGGAGGGGGAGAGGACGUGGAAGGCGGAUUGUCGUCGGAAGGCGGCGAGGGUGGGGAGACGUGGAUCCCUAACUUGGAAGGUUUCGUCAAGUACUUGGUCGAUAGCAAGCUGGUUUUCGACACCGUCGAGAGAAUCGUGGAUGAAUCGAGUGAUGUUGCUUAUGCCUACUUCACUAAAACUGGAUUGGAACGUUCAGAAGGCCUUUCAAAAGAUCUAGAAUGGUUUUCCCAGCAGAAUGUUGCAAUCCCCGAACCUAGCAAUGCAGGGAUUUCAUAUUCCAAGUAUUUAGAGGAACUUGCAGAAAAGAGUGCCCCUUUGUUCCUUUCCCAUUUUUACAACAUAUACUUCUCCCACAUAGCAGGUGGUCAAUUGAUAGUGAACCAGGUCUCUCAGAAGAUACUAGAAGGAAGGGAUUUGGAAUUCUGCCAAUGGGAGGGAGAUGUGCAUGAAUCACUGAAAGGUGUUCGAGAGAAGCUUAACAUGCUUGGAGAGCACUGGUCGCGUGAUGAGAAAAAUAAAUGCUUGAAAGAAGCAACAAAAUCCUUUCGUUAUAUGGGCCAAAUUGUGAGGUUGAUCAUCUUGUAAAGAGAAACGCCAUCCCAAAUUUCAGCCUUUUGGUGUUGACCAGAAAUUGCUACUGAGAUGUAUUCCUCUGUUGCUGCCUUCUCCAGGAGCGGUUAGUUAGUUCUUCUGUGGAUAUCAUUUGAUGACCUCUCUUCGCAAAUAGAAUUUUGCUUUGAGGCUUUAAGUAUGGGAGUUCUCUCUCAUGUACGGUUAACCAGAGGAACCUGUGACUGGAUGCAACUUGUGGAGAUGGUGUGACGAAGGAUUAGAGAAGUUCUUACCAUUUAUUCUUGAAUACUUUGUAAUUUUGAUUGUUCCAAUUUUCCAACUAUGAUUCAAGCCAAAAAGAAAAGAAAUAGAUCCUUCGAAGUCGAGACGGGUUAGUUGACCCAACGCCAACCUGUAAAUUAUAUGAGCAACACUAAGAUAUUAAGAUUCCUCUAGUAAAUCAGUAUACUAGUUGAUGUGACAAUCUAUAAUAGCUAUUUGAGCUAGUAAACCCAUUAUAUACCCAAAA